CAAUAUUGCUACCAGGGAUUGCUUGCCGGUCAGCAUUGUUCUCAAUGGAUCGGUGGAAGCGCCUCUGCUGCGGUGUCAAUGGAACGUAUGUGUACACUAUCGCUUCCCACCACAUCGACAUCCUGCAUUUUCGGCGCGUCGUUAACGUUGUGGGCAUAUAAAGGCUCUCAUGCUGCGGGGGUCCUGGCAUCAUCGCCAAUAAACUCAACGCAGCGUUGAAGACGAUACAUCAAGGUUUGGCUUUGAGGAAGGCCCAACCAUCGCUAUCGCGGAAAGCAUGUCCACGACUGAAGUAUAACAGUUGGCUUCGAGAUUAUUUGACCGGUGCUCACACUGCUCUCCCUACUAGAUGUCUCUUAAGGAUGUCGCUCAGCUCACCAUUGCCAACUUCCUCAAGAACUUGGACUUUACUGCCACUCCUCGAUUCACCCGCAAGCCCGAAUUGGAGGCUCGUGUCAAGGCAAUUACCCAGACGUGGCCAUCUGCUGGAGAUGGCGCUGGGCAUCCCCAUGUCACUACCGGCAUCGUUGUCGCAGAGACGAGCUACUCCCAUCACUCCAUCGACGUUCAAGUCGCCGUAGCACUGUACACCGCUGUUUUGACGGCAUUCGACAACCCGGAUUUCUUUCGCGUAGCGUCUGCGCACAGGUUUCCCCAGAUGUUAUGCGACGGUUCUGCUCAGCAGGACCAGGGACUCAUUGGAGAGCUGGCUCGACUGCUCGUGGACAUAGGUCGCAUGUUCCCGGCCUUCGGCACAAACUGCAUCAUCGCCGGCACUCUGCGAUGGUUCGCCGGCGAGAUGAUCGGCAGCUCCUCCGCCCCGCUUUCUCUGGAAUCACUGUCAACGAGUUUCAUCGACUUCCACCGUAACAUGAAUGGGAACCCAGACGCCUAUGUUGCCUUUGUUUGGAGUAAGGAAGACUUCCCGGACGAAACCUCGUAUAUUCAUAUCUUCCCGGAAGCUUGCAUUUACAUGAAUCAAGUCAAUGAUAUCCUGUCAUUCUACAAGGAGGAGCUCGCGGGGGAGACGAGCUCUUACAUCCAUUCGCGCGCUCGCGUCACGGGUAAAACCAUGUACGAGACCCUCGGCGAGGUGAUCGAAGAAGUUGUGGUCGCGGUCGAGCGUAUCCGGGAGCAUCUCGGUCAGGGUCCUGCAAGAGAUGCGUGGGACAACUUCGAAGCAGGUUAUGUCUGGUUCCACAUACUUGACCCUCGGUACCGGCUCCAGGAGAUCCUUGGCACGGAGUACACGAUGGAUUGAUGGACGCCGGCGCAAUACUACCG